CGCCCCCGGCUUUGCUCUCCCUCUCCCUUUCCUGGCUGCUGGGCCCCCCGGCUGCGGCGCUGUUGCUGCGCUCCCGCCAACUUCCCUCCGGAUUCUUCUCCUUCUUCUUCUUCGCAGCAGCAGCGAAGGAAGAGAAAGAAGAAACAGUUGCCUCGCUUCUUGCCACAUCGUAGCGGGUCAGUCCUUGUUUCCACGGGACGAAGGAAGGAAAGAAGGAAGGAAGGAAGGAAGGAAGGAAGGAAGGAAGGAAGGAAGGAAGGAAGGAAGGAAGGAAGGAAGGAAGGAAGGCGCCCUGAAGAGAACAAACAGAAGGAGAAUCGGCCUGCAGCUGAGUAUUGAAGGAAGUUUCCAUAUUGGACUUGGGGGAGCGAGUUCUUCAUCACACCUGAGGACAGCUGGCUAGCUUUGCAGGUACAGGAUGGGCCAUGUGGGCUGCAGCUUGUCCUUUCUGCGCCCUCCAGCUGCUCUCCAACAUCUGGCUCUUGAGGUGAUAAUGCCCUUCUGCAACAAAGAGUCCCACUUCCAGCCCCAAACCCAAGUUCCUUUGGUGGCCAAAGACCUUGAAACACUACCUAAGCUCACCCCCUUCAGGAAAUGAAAUUUUAAAAUGGAUGCCCCCGGCACCCUUUCCAAAAUGGCUGCUGAACUUCCUGGGCCUACAUUUUUAGGCUUUUCCUAGCCUAACAGGUGACCCAAGGACAACACAAUGACAAUGUCUACAGCUGGAGGUUCUGAGACUAAAAGCACAAUGAAGAAACAGAACCCACCUGAGAAGAAGCCGGCAGGAGCAGCCACCCCUUCCCGGUGGCACCGCCACAGGUUUCGACGCAAAGUCCCCUCUGAAGUGAUUGUAAAGGGGCAGCUUCGCAUGCGCUCCCCCUCUGGAGCCUUUGUGAUGGUGGGUGUCUCUGUCGUCUUGGUGGGCAUGACCAUCGCAGUCAUUGGGUACUGGCCUUAUCGUUCCAGGUCUGGAGGCAGUAGGCCAGGGAAUUCCAACGGCACAGAUGAGAUCAAGAAGGAAGUGCGUAUUGUUCCACAUCCCAUCCUUCACAGUGAGAAGCUGAAGCUCAUUGGGCCUGUGAUCAUGGGCAUUGGACUCUUCAUCUUUAUCUGUGCAAACACCAUGCUGUAUGAGAACCGAGAUAUGGAAACCCGUUUGUUGAUGCAGAGGGAACUCUACUCCUUGGGGACGGGUCUGCCACUGAACACAAGCAAAGCGAGUGGCUACUUUCAGGGAAGGCCCAGUCCCCCCACACUCCAGGCCAGUGCGGAAUGUGUGGAAGGUUGCUAUGAGGUGGACCUCUCUUCUAGUGGCUUCCAGUCAUACUCCAGCCCUAUGAAGAAAUGGGCCAGCAACUGCAGCUCCAAAAGGCUUCAGGCUACCACCCAGCUCCUUCACCACAACAGCAUCUCGCCUUCCCUUUCCUUCCUGAGCAUCCACUCAGACUCUGGGAAUGCAGUGCCAGAAAACGUGGCCUGCCCUUCCACACAAGGAACUGAAUCACUCGCCUCCACAUCUGUCAACACCUUGUCACUGCCUCUCAUUAAACUCAACAGUUGUCUUUUUGAAAAACAAGGCGUUUCUCAUAUGAUUGUGCAGGAUGUGGAAGGAAAUGCUGUUAAGUUGCCAGAGGAGGAGGAGGAGAUCCGGAGGCUCUCCUGGACUCUUCAAACAGAUCGCAAUAGUAGGGCUCCCCGAAGACAUGAACUCAGUGACAGUCAUGUAGUUAUUGAUGUGGACAAUGAGCUUCCUUCUGCCACAUCAGCUGAAAAACGCCUGCACCCUCCAUACAUAAAAAGAGAAUUUGGUUCAACCACUCAGGUCUCCAUUUCAGGUCAUUCCAAGUCCCUAGAUCUUGGCCAACAGAAGGUGCUCUUAAUGGCAUCAGUCAACAAUAAGAAAAACAGGAGCUGGCCUAGACUUGACCACAUUGGCCUAGUCAACUAUGCAAAAUUGGAAAGCAAGGGCGAGUCUUCCGAUAGGCUGUUGGAGACGAUGAGAGAGCCUACCAGGGGGAAAAGCAACCAUGCAUCUGGGGAACUGGACACAGACAUAAGCCUUGGAAUGUGACUUGCAUUACAGAGACGAUGGAUACUCUUGUUGUUCCCGUUCUGUUCAUCUGCUCCACUGUUUUGGGCCUUUGAUCUGAAUAUAUGUAGCUUUGCGACUAUGGCUGCUUGGGCCAUUGGAGGAGGGCCAUGUUGGAUGCUGCUCAGUGGGUUACCUUACAAGAGCCCUCUUCAGCACAUCUCCACUCUGCUUGCAUGUGACUCUGUGCUUUGAAAAGGGAAUGAGCUAUGCGUUCUGAUGCAAUGGGGUGGAGAAAGCAGGUCCUUCAGAUCACUCUUCCUCGUCUAUCCUUUAAAGACACGUUGUUGGGACUCCAGAGCGAGUGAUGUGAUGGCGAAGGUUCGGAAAUGAUAAUUCAAUGCCUCCUAAAGUAGCAAAGAUCUGGUUUUAAAUCUUGUGAGAUUAUACUUUUAUACAUAGAUCCUUGUUUCCAAACUCAUUGGGGAUUAAAUGCAAUCCCUGCCUGUGAUCUUUUACUCCGAGGUAGAAAAGCAAAUCUUUAAUCAGUUGGGCCUUGGGCAAGCUGCACAUAUCCAAGUCAAAAGCCUGCAGAUUUCUUAGUGACUCCUUGCCCUCAGCAACAUUUGGAGAAUCACUGGCUGCUUACGGCCUUACAGGGUAACUCAUUAACAUUUGCCUCACUGCUGUGAAGAUCUUGAGUUCUUUGUCAUGCCUUAAUGAUCAUUUACAAUUUUUUAUUUUCUGCAGAAAAAAAUGUUCCAUCUGACCCCCUUCUCUUUAUAAUCCAUUGUUCUUUUGCUUUAGCCCUUAAGGUAUUUUUUAAAUGAUAAGGGGAAGUCCUAAAGGCUGAUUGGAAAAGAGAAGGAGCCCAUGUCCCUUCUCACACAUUGGAGCAAAAGAGCAGCUGGAAGCAUGCCAGGGACUGGAAAGGUUUCCCUUUUCUUAUCUUUUCCUUUCUUUUGGAUUUGGCAUAUAAGUGGAUAGUGGAAGGAAUUCUAAGCUCCAAAGAGCAUACCCCCAAGUAGGAUCGCUGUCUGGAGCUGCUCUCAGUCGGAAAGUGCAGAUUGGUCUACGAGUUGAAUUUGACCUCUUGGUGAAUGAUAUCAAUCAAUCAAUCUUUAUUAUGGUCCAUAGACCCAAUUUGUUGUUGUUGUUAUAGUAAUAAUAAUAAUAAUAAUAAUAAUUAUUAUUAUUAUUAUUAUUAUUAUUAUUUUAUUUUUGUACCCUGCCUCCCAUCUCCCCAAAUGUGCCUAAUACAAUGCAUAAAAUAAACACAUAAUACAAUACAAAAUAAAGCCAAUAAAGUUGGUUUAGGCUCAAAAAAGUGCCCAAUAACCGAUGAUGAGAACUGUCGUAAAACAUACAUUUAUUUAUACCCCACUUUAUCUCCCCCGAAGGGGACUCAAAGCGGUUUAACAUAAAAACGUCAGCAUAACAAUUUAAAAUAUACAGAUAUAUGAACAGCUGAGAAAGUGCAGAGCAGAUUCAUAAACUUGUGAAGGAUAUGCCUCCAUCCUGACCAAGCUCUCCUUAGGCACAGGGAGCUUGCAUGGAGCAAAACAAAGCUGUGCCUAAGGCAUUGGCCUCCUUGUGUCUUCCUUGCUUGGCUCUCAGCUGUGUGCUCUGUGACAGUUGUUGGCUGCUUUCUCCUCACUGUAGGUUCCCACCCCAAUCUCGAAACAAGAAGAGGAAUAUUGAGUGAAGCUGGCUCCAAAGGGCAGAGUGUUGACGACAACACCCUCCCCUCACUUUCUCCAUGUAGGAUUCUCAUGGGUUUCAAAACUCAUUACAAAAUUAGGGGUGCCAGCAUUUCAUUUCUAAAGUGUUUCAAAAGUAUUGUGAGUGAAAAUUUCGUUACUAUAGUGAGAAUAAUGAAAUUUCGUUACUUUUUUGUUAAAGUAAUUGCGCAAGUGGGGAAACUUCAGGGGCUCCUCCAUCUCUCAUUUUUCCAACUAUUGGGGUGAAACUUGCUAUGAUUAUAGAACACAUAGACCACUGUGAGUCCAUCAAGUUUCAGAACAUUUCACUUAUCCACUGAUUUCUGGGGAAUUUUCAAAGAUUUUUUAAACAAUGUUUAAAAGAAAUUAUAAGAGUGCUGUCCUUGAAUUUUCUGUCCAAUGACACAAGAUAACAGGUGAUCAUUCCUCCCAACUUUCAGAAAUAUUCAUAAAUCUACUGAUUUUAAGGAAUUUUAAAAAGUUUUGAUGAAAACAUUUUUAAAGUCAUAACUGUUGUCUCAUUGAAUGUCUCUCAUAUUAACCAAUAGAAACCAGUAUUAAUUAAUUGUACAAUUUUCAUAGAGGGCCAUCUAGUCCAAUUCCCUCCUUCUGGUCAGAAGGGCACUAUCAAAACCCUCCUGAGAGAUGGCCAUCCAGCCUCUAAGCUAAAUAAUAUACUUCCUCUAUUUAGGUGGAAGGGAUUCCCAAGGGCCAUUCAUUUAGGAAUUUCUUCCCAAUCCAGCACUAAUUUACUUGCUAGAAGUCUCAGCCAGCCCUCCUCUUUGCAGAAUAAUAAUAAUAAUAAUAAUAAUAAUAAUAAUAAAUAUUAUUUAUUUAUAUUCCACUCUAUCUCCUCGAGGGGACUCAGGACGGAUUAUGGAACACAUAUACGGCAAACAUUCAAUACCGAUUAUACAAUUAACAAAGACGGACAGUACAUAAACAGAGGUAAAGGCUUCCCAUCUUUUUCCAUCUCUGGCAUCUGGAGCCUGUGCUUGACUCUGGCCAUGGGUUGGGAUGUGUGUGUGUGCUGUCACUCCAUCUUCCAUACCGAGGAGUCCCACCGUCUCUAGAUGCUUUCCCAAUUGAAUUGCCCAUAUCCUCAUUGGCACCUUUUAUUACUUCCCUGCCAACGUGAUACCUAUUUAUCUUCUCACUUUACUGUUUUUGAAUUGCUACGUGAGCAGAAGCUGGGCUGACAACUGGGAGAACACAGAAUGUUUUUAUUUGAGAACACAGAAAUGCUGGACCACUCUCACAACCACCAUGUCAGACUAUACAGAGAAGCCAUUGAAAUACACAAGCAUGUGGACAAUUUCAACAGAAAGGAGGAAACCAUAAAAAUGAACAAAA